AUGGCUGAGAAUAACAAUAAAAGUACGGAAUUGAAUAAAAUUCAAGUACGUCAUCCAUUAGAACCAUUAUCGCUUGCAGAAAUUGAACUUGCUGUUGAAGUAUUAAAAAAACAAAGUGAUAAAGUAACUCCAACAACACGGUUUGUAUCCGUUACUCUAUAUGAACCACCAAAAGAAAAAGUACUUAAUCUAUCAAAUGAAAUAAUAUCACGUGAAGCUGAUGUAGUACUUUUUGAUAAUGGUACAAAUUUAUGUUAUGAAGCACGUAUUUUACUUGAAAAUGAAGGUCAAAUUGUAUCAUUUGAACAUAUACCUAAUGUUCAACCGGCAAUGACAGUUGAUGAACAAGUUGAAUGUGAACAAGCUGUACUUCGUUCAACUCAAUUUCAAGAACUCAUACGUGAACAUUAUGGAAUUGAAGAUGUCAAUCGAGUUAUGGUUGAUAUAUGGUCAGGUGGAUAUUAUGGACAAGAAGAAGAACGUUCACGUCGUUUAGCAAGACCUCUAUGUUUCGUACGAUCUGAUCCAACUGAUAAUGGUUAUACACAUCCUAUUGAAGGUUUAAGACCUGUUGUAGAUCUUAAUACAAUGGAAGUUAUUCGUAUUGAGAUCUAUAAUCAUUAUCCUAUUCCUUAUGUUAAUUGUAAUUAUUCAUCGGAUCAUACGAUAAAACUUCGUGAAGAUGUUCGACCAUUAGAAAUUGUUCAACCUGAAGGUCCAAGUUUUCAAGUUAAUGGUAAUCAAGUAUCAUGGCAAAAAUGGUCAUUUGUUAUUGGUUUUACUAUGCGUCAAGGUUUAGUUCUUCAUCAUAUAACAUAUGAUAAUCGUUCGGUUUUAUAUCGUGCUGCAUUAACGGAAAUGGUUGUCCCCUACGGUGAUCCAGCUGAACAACAAGCACGCAAAAAUGCAUUUGAUUGUGGUGAAUAUGGUUUAGGUUCCUGUACGAAUAGUUUAGAACUUGGUUGUGAUUGUCUUGGUCUUAUUAAAUAUUUCGAUGCAAAUAUGUGUACAAGUCGAGGUGAAUUAUUAGUUAUUAAAAAUGCAAUUUGUUUACAUGAAGAAGAUGUUGGAAUUUUAUGGAAACAUACAGAUAGACGAUUAAAUAAUCCGGAAGUACGACGAAGUAGAAGAUUAGUUAUUUCAAGUAUUGCAACUAUUGAAAAUUAUGAAUAUGGUUUCUAUUGGUAUUUAUAUCAAGAUGCUAGUAUACAUUUUGAAGCUAAAAUGACUGGUAUACUUUCAUUAGGUGCCGUACCACCAGAGAAAAAAUCUCGAUAUGGUUCAUUAAUAGCUCCGCAAUUACUUGCACCAUAUCAUCAACAUUUUUUUAAUAUGCGUCUUGAUUUAGCGAUUGAUGGAAUAAAUAAUACAGCUUAUAUGAUUGAUGUCGAAGCUGAUCCCGAUGAUGCUGAUUAUAAUCAAUUUCAUAAUGCAUUUCAUAUUAAUAAAAUUCGACUUGAUACAGAAAAACAAGCAAGAAAUAAUUUAUGUUUAGAAAAAUCUCGUUCAUGGACAUUUGAAAAUAAUUCAAUUAAAAAUGCAAUUGGUGAACCAACUGGUUAUAAAUUAUAUCCGGGUGAUAAUGCUAUUCCAUUUAGUUCAUCAAAAGCUUGGUGGCGUAAACGUGCUAGUUUUGUUAAUUAUCAUGUAUGGGUAACACCAUUUAAUGAAAAGGAAAUGUUCGGCUCAGGAAAUUAUCCAAAUCAAAGUCAACAUGAUACUGGUUUAUUAAAAUAUACGGAACAAGAUCGUUCAAUUGUUGAUAAAGACAUUGUUCUUUGGUAUACAUUUGGUAUAACACAUAUUCCGAGACAAGAAGAUUUUCCUGUUAUGCCUGUUGUAACAGCAGGAUUUGCUCUUAAACCAAAUGGUUUCUUUGAUAUUAAUCCAGCGAAUGAUAUUCCAAAAGCUAUUAAAAAAACGAAUGAUGAAUGUUGUCAAAACAUAAAAUAA